AUGAGAACAAAUGCUAACUCAAAAACUAAUACUAACAAUAUUACUCCGACUUCUACUACUAAUACUACUAUUACUACUAAUACUACUAAUACUACUACUACUACUACUACUACUACUACUACUACUACUACUGCUACUACUUCUAAUACUAUUAAUACUGCUACUACUACCGAUACUAAUACUAAUACUACUACUAAUUCUAUUACCACUACUACUACUACCACCACUACUGCUACUACUACUACUAAUUCUACCAAUACUACUACUACUAGUUCUAUUACUACUAAUACUGCUACUAAUACAGAUAAUAACACUAAUAAUACUACAUAUAUUAUUACCACUACUACUACUACUAAUACUACUACUAUUAAUUCUAAUACUACUACUACCGAUACUAAUACUAAUACUACUACUAAUUUUAUUAAUACUACUACUACUACUAAUUCUACUACUACUACUACUAAUUCUACUACUACUACUACUACUAAUACUAAUACUAAUUCUACUACUACCACUACUACUAAUACUAAUACCACUACUACUACUACUUCUAUUUCUACUAUUGCUGCUUCUGUUUAUCCGAGAUCAAAUACUGUCGUGAACGCUCAGUAG